AUGACCAUCUCCUAUGAUGAGGAGUUCUCCUCAUUGAUGCUCCGAUGGAGAGGAUCUCUCUGGAAAGCUGUCCUUAAGGACUUGAUUGCUUUCUACAUCGCUUACUACAUUAUCCUAGCUGUUCAAUGGUACAUCUUGGAUGAAAAGCAAAAGGAAUACUUCACCGGUUGGAUUAUGUGGUGUGAAAUCGGAGCUCAAUACAUUCCACUUUCGUUCUUGCUCGGUUUCUUCGUUUCUGUCAUUGUUGCAAGAUGGUGGGAGCAGUUCAACUGGAUUUCAUGGCCCGACAAAAUGAUGAUGAUGGUAUCAGCCUGUCUUCCAGGGAACGAGAAUUUGCCGGUUCGUCAAGCUAUUGCUAGAUGGAGCAGUCUGCAGGCUGCCAUCGCUUGGUCAGGAAUUUCAGUGCGAACACUGAAAAGAUUUCCAACUGCUCGCCAUUUAGUUGAAGCCGAAUUGAUGACUGAAGAAGAGUAUGAUCUUUAUAUGAACUGCGAUGCUCCUCAUGGUAAAUGGUUUGUUCCAAUCAUCUGGAUCGUCAACAUUAUCAAGAAGCAAUAUGCUCAAAAGAAAAUUGAUACAAUCCAAAUGGAUAUGUUGCUGAAACAAGUAUACAGUUAUCGUGAUGGUUUCGCUAUGCUCUUCGUAUAUGAUUGGGUAAAGAUCCCACUUGUAUAUACUCAAGUAGUUGCCAUUGCUACCUACGGAUACUUCUUCAUCUGUCUUAUUGGAAGACAGCCAAAACUUGAUCAAAAAUCCAUGGAAAAAGAAAUUACGAUUCUGUUCCCCAUAUUCACAACUUUCCAAAUGUUGUUCUAUUUGGGAUGGCUCAAAGUCGGACAGUUCUUGAUGAAUCCAUUUGGGGAAGAUGAUGAUGAUUUCGAGCUGAACUAUGUUCUUGACAGAAAUACUUGUAUCGCACAUAUGAUGGCUACUGAACUGGCCGAUAUGUGCCCAAGUAUUGGUGCUCCAAUGAAUCCAAACAUCCCUCACACCAGAGCAUCGUUUAAAAUUCAGGACGUUAUACCGAAAUCUCAUUUGGCAUCAUUCAAAUUAUCAGAAAACGAAAUGAAGCUCAUUAAGCCCUCAGACAUCGAGGAGAGCGAACGCUUAUUAGAACAGCGUAAAGCAGCUGCCGGGCAACGGCAUCGCUUCUCAACUAUUGUUCGAUCGGCCAUGGAUACAAAAAAGAAUGGUGAUAUCGACGAACAAGAUGAAGACAAAUAA